UGCGGGGGGCAGAACACCAUGGACGGAUGGAUUGGAUUCUUGCCCAGUCCAAGUCAACCAUCCAAGUCACCCCCCACCUUCACGGCUUCUCUAAGGAGGGGAGGAGGAAAAGCAGAGAAAAACGUAAACGAAGACGACGAUGGGGCUGAAAGCGGAGAGCGUGACACUGAUUCUGGUGAAUCUGGCUGGAAUCAUGGAGAGAGCCGACGAGUCUCUGCUGCCGGGAGUGUACAAGGAGGUGGGGGCGGCGCUGCACACCGACCCCACCGGGCUGGGAUCUCUCACUCUCUUCAGAUCCAUAGUGCAGUCCUCAUGCUACCCUCUCGCCGCCUACUUGGCCUCCCGCCACAACCGCACCCACGUCAUCGCGCUCGGCGCCUUCCUCUGGGCCGCCGCCACCUUCCUCGUCGCCUUCUCCUCCACUUUCUUAGAGGUGGCAAUUUCAAGAGGUCUGAAUGGGAUAGGACUUGCCAUAGUCACACCAGCUAUUCAAUCCCUUGUUGCAGACUCAACUGAUGACACCAACCGGGGUACAGCUUUUGGAUGGCUGCAGUUAACUGCAAAUUUUGGCUCAAUUAUUGGUGGGCUUUGUUCAGUAUUGAUAGCCUCAACAUCAAUCAUGGGUAUCCCUGGUUGGAGAAUAGCCUUCCAUCUGGUUGGGCUGCUCAGUGUUAUAGUUGGUAUUUUGGUCCGCCUCUUUGCCAAUGAUCCCCGCUUUUCUGAUAGUGAAGCUAAAGCACAGGUUCCAAACAAGUCUUUCUGGUCUGAACUAAAGGACCUGGUUAAGGAGGCAAAGAUGGUACUGAAAAUACCAUCUUUCCAAAUUAUUGUGGCUCAAGGUGUGGCUGGAUCAUUUCCUUGGUCAGCUUUGUCAUUUGCCCCUAUGUGGUUAGAGCUUAUUGGUUUCUCCCACAAGACAGUGGCAUUGCUCUGGACUCUAUUUGUUAUUGCUGGUUCUCUUGGUGGUCUAUUUGGAGGAAAGAUGGGGGAUAUCCUUGCCCAACACUUUCCAAAUUCUGGUAGAAUAAUUCUUUCACAGAUAAGCUCUGGUUCAGCCAUUCCUUUGGCUGCAAUACUGCUGCUAGUUUUGCCUGAUGAUCCCUCCACUGCGUUCCUGCAUGGUUUUGUAUUGUUUGCCAUGGGAUUAGUUAUAUCCUGGAAUGGUCCAGCUACAAACAAUCCAAUAUUUGCAGAGAUAGUUCCUGAGAGAUCAAGGACAAGCGUCUAUGCCCUGGAUCGAUCAUUUGAGUCCAUACUAGCAUCAUUUGCUCCUCCAGUUGUUGGGUUUUUGGCUCGGCACGUUUUUGGCUACAUUCCAGUUCAGAAAGGAUCAACAGACUCAGAAGAGAUUGAAACUGACAGAGAGAACGCUGCAGCACUUGCCAAGGCUCUCUACUCAGCAAUUGGUGUUCCUUUUGUGGUUUGUUGCCUCAUCUACUCAUUCCUCUACUGUACUUAUCCGAGAGACAGGGACCGCGCGAGGAUGGUGGCUUUGAUCGAAUCGGAGAUGCUGCAGAUAGAGAAUGCUCCUUUGGGAGAUGAAUACUCUCCACUUCAUGUUCUGGGAUUAGGUGAGCUGCAUGAAGAGAGAAGAGUGAUUGAUAUAGAUUAUGAAGGAGAGGAAAGCCGCGAUUUCAAUGAGAACGACGAGGAGAGGCUGCUUAACGUGCAGGCAUUGUCAGUUUCUGGCAGAUAGCGGAUGAAAGUUGUUUGAUACAACGCUGGUUUCCUCAAAUAGGUGCAAAUUUUGAUUAACAAUGUCCAACACACGGUUUCCCUACAGUUGCAAUUGUUUGUAUCAUUGGACCAUGAAAGAUUGAAGCAAAGUGAACCAUUUUUUUCAUUUGAAAUACUUCUUUGGAGGGACUGAAACACCCCUUUUAGUUUGUAACAAAUAGGUGUAAUUUUUUGAAAAUACAUGACUUGUUAUUCAUUCCUCUGCAAGUUCUUGUCAUUUGAAAAUA